AUGAAACGAGGAGCCCCUUACCACGAUGUAGCAACAAGCUCAAGAUGCUUAGAGAUUGUCGUCGGCAAAGAUAAUUAUGGAGGUGAUAUGGAUGCCAGUCAACCAGCACAAGUACGCUCUGCAGCAGCAUGUGCUGCAAUAUGUGACUCUUAUCCCGAUUGUACUGCAUGGACAUUCAAUGUCAAGAGUGCCAAAUGCUGGACAAAAGAUAAAACACCUAAGCUUAGCGCUUCAUCCGACACAAUUACAGGAACAUGCAAAGCAUCAUCAAAAUAA